ACUGGGGGAGAGCUGGAGCAGCUUUUGCGGGACACGCUGAACCGCCGUCCACGCACAAGGACUCCAUUGUCGCCUUUUGCGCAGAGCUCUGUCAGCUAACGGACCUCGGAGCUCCGCGCAAAGUCUGAGGCCAAAAAAAAAGUCUGCUGGGAAUCACCGACGCGGCAGAUGUGUUGGUGAAGUUCUGUGGUGGAACAUUAACAGGAAAGCUUUGCUCUGUGAGCAUAAAUGAUCGAACUUUCACGCGCGCGUCCUCACAACGGAACGCAGGGGGGACGGGCUUGGACCUCAGACAGAAGUUCCGGUGCUGCAUCCAGAAAAACAGGACAAUAUGUCCAAGAAACUUUGUGGAACCAACUACCCACUCAGCAUCUGCUUCAUAGUGGUGAACGAGUUCUGUGAACGCUUCUCCUACUAUGGCAUGAAAGCGCUGCUGACGCUCUAUUUUGUCACCUAUCUGAAAUGGGACAAGGACCUCUCCACAGCUAUCUAUCAUGCUUUCAGCGGCCUCUGCUACUUCACACCAAUCCUCGGAGCCAUCAUCGCUGACUCCUGGCUCGGAAAAUUUAGGACCAUCAUCUACCUGUCCAUUGUCUAUGUGAUCGGCCAUGUGGUCAAGUCAGUGGGAGCCAUUCCCACUGUGGGAAACACCGAUGUGCACAUAGCUCUGUCAAUGGUGGGCUUGAUACUCAUAGCUAUUGGCACUGGAGGAAUCAAACCUUGUGUGGCAGCGUUUGGAGGAGAUCAGUUCGAUGAGGAGCAUGUUAGUGAGCGGCAGAAGUUCUUCUCCAUCUUCUACAUGUCCAUCAAUGCUGGGAGCCUUUUGUCCACUUUGAUCACACCUGUGCUCAGAGGCGACGUGCAGUGUUUCGGUGGGGACUGCUACGCCUUGGCCUUCGGUGUUCCUGCAGCUUUGAUGAUCGUGGCUUUGGUCGUGUUCAUCGCCGGCAGCAGUUUGUACAAGAGGAAUCCGCCUCAGGGAAACAUCCUGUUGCAAGUCUGCAAAUGCAUUGGUUUUGCAAUAAAAAACCGAUGGCGAAAUUCAAAGCACGAGUCGAAGAGGAAGCACUGGUUGGACUGGGCUGAGGAGAAGUACUCGAAGCGUCUGAUCCAGGAGGUUAAGAUGGUUCUGCGGGUUCUGGUUCUCUACAUUCCUUUACCUAUGUUCUGGGCUCUGUUUGAUCAACAGGGCUCUCGCUGGACUCUUCAAGCCACACGGAUGAACAUGGCUUUUGGAAAUUCCUUCAACAUUAAGCCCGACCAAAUGCAGAUGCUGAAUGCUCUGCUGAUUCUUCUCUUUGUGCCCAUCUUUGACCUCGUCAUUUAUCCACUUGUUAGGCUGUGCAGAGUCAAAACCACGCCUCUGAGGAAAAUGGCCACCGGGAUGAUUUUUGCAGCGCUCGCUUUUGUGGCAGCCACCCUGGUGGAGAUAAACGUUGUGAAAACAGUGGUGGAUCCCGCACCUGAAGGAAAAUGUCUCCUGCAGGUCAUCAACCUGGCACAAGGAGACAUCAGUGUGAAAAUCCCUAAUAAUGACUUAUUUCCAGAUGCAAUUGCUUAUCUUCAGGACCCUCCUAAAUAUGAGAUGCUUGAACUGGAAGCCGCCAGGAUGGAGCUAAAUAUAGAAGUUAGCUUCUCUGGAUCAAAAGUGGUCUGCCAAGAAAAGUUUGAAGAUCAAAAGGCCCACAGUCUCAUUAUAUACAAAGUGGACACCAACCUUCGAUGCUUGUUGGUGGAGGACAACGUCGAGAAAAAUACAGACGGGAAGCCAUAUGUGCGGUUCUUCAGCACUCUGCAGGAGCCCAUGAACAUCACUGUUGGGCAGGUGAACUUCUACGCCCCCCCUGAUUACAGCAUGUCUUCCAAUGACACUGUGGAUCGAAACGAAUACCCAGCAGUCCACUGUGACCUGCAGUCGGAAGACUGUCCUGGUCUCAACCUCGGCCUGCUGGACUUUGGAGCCUCUUACACCUUCAUACUCAUGAAGGAAUCAGGUCAAAUUGUGGCUCACAGGAUGGAGGAUGUGAAAGCCAACAGCGUGCACAUUGCCUGGCAGAUCCCCCAAUAUGUCCUUUUAACGGCUGGAGAGGUCAUGUUCUCCAUCACAGGCCUGGAGUUUUCCUACUCACAGGCUCCAUCCAACAUGAAGUCAGUCCUGCAGGCCGGCUGGCUGCUCACCGUUGCAUUUGGGAAUGUGAUCGUGCUGAUUGUGGCAGAGGGGGCGGGGCUGGAACAGUGGAAAGAGUUCGUACUGUUUGCCGCCCUCCUGCUGGGCGUCUGCAUCAUUUUCUCAGUCAUGUCCAUUUUCUACAAGUACGUUGAGCCAGAAAACAUGGACAAGAUUAACCUGGAGGACACGAAGGAAGAAGAUGAGGGUGACGGGAAGAAGAGCAGCAUGAUGCUAGACAAAACUGGGAAGAGCACCAAAUUGUAAAAUUUUCUUACCUUUUUUAAAGCACCUUUGUUUUAAUUUGACUCGUGUCGUGGUGUUAUUUUUUUUUAAAAACCUAAUGUGACACGGCUGCUUGACAAUUCCUGUAGUUCAGUAAAUAAAUUCUGAAGGACAGCACAAGAGAAGUUUAAAAGAUCUUUUUUAGAUUGAUCAGUACAGCCAUUCCUAUGUGUUAUGUUGUAUAUUGGUUUGUUUUUAGGUAAAAUUGUAAUCAUAGGCUAUUCUUUGACAAACAGCAUCUGACUGAUGAUUUUACAACAUGUAUCGCAUAUUUUUCAUGAAGCUUUGAUGUAACAUAACGUUUGAGGACAGAUUUGCAAGAAAAUCUAAAAUUCAGUUUCCUUUGAGAAAUAAUUUCUUCGGGGCUUAACUGAUAUUAGCAACUGUUUGAUUUAGGCAAUUCCAGAAUAACAAAACCUCCCCGUUCAUUAGGAGGAGUUUGAAUUUUACUUACAAACACAAAAAAACAUUUAUUCAGCUGGUUGUGUCAGAGAAUUCUUGUUCAAGCAGACUCCAUCUGAUGGUGGACGGGGACGUUUUUGCUGUUGGGCAGAAAUGCGAUGAAGAAUGGUGUGCUUUGAAUCAGAAAAAGCUUGUAAAGAUUUCAAAACGAGACAUAUAAACAAACCUUGUAUAUGUAUGUAAAUAAAUGUGACUGGAAUGUCA